ACAUGGCGGCUCCCUGGCGGCCGCUCCUCCGGCCUGGGACUCUAUGAUCCCGGAGGUCCCGGCCCUGCCAUGGCCCGGCUCCCGCAGCUGGUGGUCUUCGACCUGGAUUACACCCUGUGGCCCUUCUGGGUGGACACCCACGUGGACCCCCCAUUCCACCGGAGCAGGGAUGGGGUGGUGCGAGACAGCCGGGGGAAGACCGUUCGCCUGUACCCAGACGUGCCCGCCGUCUUGGACCAUCUAAAAGGCCUGGGGGUGCCCAUCGCCGCCGCCUCCCGGACUGAGGAGAUCCAGGGAGCCAAGCAGCUCCUGGACCUCUUCAACCUCAGCCGCUACUUCGCCUACAAAGAAAUCUACCCGGGCUGUAAGGUCACCCACUUCGAGAGGCUGCAAGAGAAGAGCAGGGUCCCUCUCUCCCAGAUGAUCUUCUUCGACGACGAGAAACGGAACAUCGUGGACGUCGGGAAACUGGGUGUCACCUGCGUCCAUGUCCGGAGUGGGAUGAGCCUGCACGUCUUGGCUGAGGGACUGGAACGCUUUGCCAAGGCCUGAGUCAGAUCCCGGCGGUCCGACCGCGCUCCCGCUCAGACGCCAGGCGGGACGGGGAAGAUGGCGGGGGGAAGCUUGGCCAUUUUUCGCUUCUCGGUCCCGUGGCCUCGAUCCAACCCGUGACGCUUGACCGCCUCACUCUUAUUUAUGUGGGUUCUUAUUUUUUUUUUUUGGCUUUCUGUGUCUCUUACCGGGUCCCUCUCUCCGUUUUCUGUUAGGUCGUGAGCCCCUGUGAAGGCCCGAGAGCCUGUCUAAAAUUCUCCCCUAUUUAUUCCGUACCAGUGCUUAAUGUGGUGCUUUAGUAAAAACUUAAUAUAUACUAUCGA